GAUUAUGCUGAGGAUGUAUUUAAAGACGUCACAUGACAAAUCGCUGACUUUGUCAUGUGACAUUCAGUGUGACUAUAUAUAGGUGACAAAAUGGUCAUGUGAUGUUCACUCUAAAAUGGCGAUAUACCUUCUUUCAUUUCUUUCCUGUUUGUUUGUAUUCUCGUGGGCAGUAGACCCUCCUGUCUACAAAGAUACUUACAAAGCUGAGGGAUUUAUUCGUCUUCCUUAUGCUGAAAUAGUAGAACCAUUUAGGGCUUAUCUUGAUACGCCAAAUGCCCGUAGCAGAGUUGAUUACUAUGAUGGCAUUCAAAGAACUCUUCAGUUUAGCAAUGCCCCUGGUCUACCAUAUGGUACAAACUUGAAGGUUAUUCCAUUUACAACACAGUCCAUUUAUAAUCAAGUCUCAUGCUUUGCUGUGAAUGGGACAUCAGAUAAUCCAGCCACUCUAACCACUAUAAUUCCUGAUCUAACUGGAUUUUCUUAUCUGGGUCAGCAAUGGCUAGAGGGACGUCGUGUAGAGGCUUUCCAAAAGGUUGUUACAGAUGGUAAAAAGAUUAGCACAUAUACAUUCUGGGCAACAUCUCCUGAUCAAAUCCCAGUACGUUAUGAAAUGAUGGGCUAUGACUCGCUUUUAGGAUCUCACUUUGAUAAAUAUUAUGUAGAUUAUGCCAGAUGGGAGUCACCAGCAAGGUUCAAUGAUGAUGAUUUUGCUAUCCCCAAAAAUUUGACAUGUCAAGCCUUUCCUGGACCAGGAAGUGAGCAUGUUGUACUGAUGAAUCCUAUUCGUGAAUAUGUCCACCAUCAAGAUGACCAUAUUCAUGAAGGUUUUGAAAUUUUCAAGAAAUCUCACAAAAAACAGUAUAAAUCAGAUGAACAUGACUCCCGAAAACAUGUUUACAGACAAAACUUAAGGUACAUCCACUCAAAGAACAGAGCUGGUCUCACCUAUACCUUAGCUGUGAAUCAUCUUGCCGAUCGUACUGCUAAAGAAAUGAAAGCUUUAAGAGGAUAUCGUUAUUCACAUGUUGAGCAUGGUGGUAAAAAGUUUUCAAUGAACGAAAUGAACAAGCAGGAUGUUCCUGAUCAGUGGGAUUGGAGGCUUCUGGGUGCUGUUACUCCAGUAAAAGAUCAAGCCAUAUGUGGUUCUUGUUGGAGCUUUGGUACAACAGGCACUAUUGAGGGAGCAAAUUUCCUGAAGACUGGCAAUUUGGUUAGACUAUCUCAACAGCAAUUGAUUGAUUGCUCCUGGGGAUUCGGUAAUAAUGGCUGUGAUGGAGGGGAAGAUUUCCGUGCUUAUAGUUACAUCAUGCAGAAUGGAGGACUCACAAGUGAAGAACAAUAUGGACAGUAUUUGGCCAUUGAUGGUUUCUGCUUGAGUAAACUUGUGAAGCCUGUUGUACAGCUUGCCAACUUUACUACCUUACCUCAAGGGGAUUUGUCUGCUUUGAAGGUGGCUGUCUUUAACAAAGGUCCUAUUUCAGUUGCCAUUGAUGCAUCCCACAAGUCAUUAAGCUUUUAUGCCAAUGGAGUCUACUAUGAACCAGAAUGCAGAAGUGAUCCUGAUGGUCUAGAUCAUGCUGUACUUGCAGUAGGCUAUGGUACCCUAAAUGGAGAGGACUACUGGCUUGUCAAAAAUUCAUGGUCUACUUAUUGGGGUAAUGAUGGUUAUGUACUGAUGUCUCAGAAAAAUAACAACUGUGGUGUCACCACUGCAGCUACGUAUGUUGAAAUCAAAUAGUUUAUUCAUGAACUUCUAAUUUGUCGUUCAAAAUGCCAUGAUCUCUUCAAUGUUCUUUGUAUUUUCUAUUCUCUUUUUUUGAGCACAAAAUAUUUUGUCAAAAAUAAAUAAAUAAUUAUUUUCAAUGUUCAUAUUUUUUUAACAUGGGAUAUUUUCAAUGUUGAAAGCAUAGAAAAACUGUAGUUGUGCAUGAACAUAAAUUUUUAGGCUUGACUAACAUGCUCUUAUAAAAGGCUUCAGUAACAUUCCAUCUCUUUUUGUUGAAGAAAAGUCAAAUAAUAGUCAACAGGAAUACAUAAUUAUAAUUGACUUUCUUGAUUAAUGAUUUUCUUUGUCAUAAUAAAGAAUCAUGGGUCUAUUGAUGUAGAUGAUGAUUUUACCAUAUAUUUUAUACGAAUACAUGUAUAUGUGUCUUUUUACAAAAUCUUGAGCUGUUUGUUGUAGUGCCUUAAUUGUUUUAUACCAAGAUUUGUUUUUGGAUCAUCUGUUGUGAAUGACGACUUUGUGAUGCUUGUUUUAUUGUUCCAUAAUUUGACAGAUAUUGUGUAUUUGUAUUUCUGUAGUCUAAUAAAAUUGAAUGAGAAUUACAAUGAAAAA